CCUGGUUGAUUUGAGGAGUGUUUUUCAGGUUUAACAAAUGGUUUUACGCAUAAAUCACCCUUGAGUGCAGCUAUUUGUGUUGUCCAUACGUCUACUACAACGUCUAUAUUUAGUUGUUGUCAUAUGUCGCGGUGGUCAGCUGGGAUCCUGCAGCAGGACACGCCUCUGGGGCUGAAUGGAGUGCGCCGUGCGUAAAGUCCGACCUGCAGUAGAUCCGAACUUUUUCUAUUUGAAAGUUGCUUUUAAGAAGCACCCAGCCGACGUAAGUGACUGGUUUAAGGCGGACUAAAUGCAGCGAUGACUCGAGAGGAAGAUCUCAUCCGGAUUGCAAAAAAACUGGACAAGAUGGUGUCUAGAAAUAACACGGAGGGCGCUAUGGACCUCCUGAAAGAACUCCAAGGCUUCAAUAUGACACUUAAACUUCUCCAGGAAACAAGAAUCGGCAUGUCUGUGAAUGGUAUCAGGAAGCACUGCACGGAUGAAGAAGUUAUUGCUUUGGCAAAGGUCCUCAUAAAAGACUGGAAAAGACUUCUGGACUCUGGCCAUUCUAACUCUGAGAAACCGACUGAAAUGAAAAACGGCUUGGACUCCGGCAAAACGGCAGCGUCUUCCAACAGCUCCCCCUCAGAGAGACACAGCAGUCACAGGAGACUGGAUGUCAAACCCAAACACGACUCAGAUCCUGACAAAACACCCUCUGAUAGAAAAGAAAAACACAACGACGAACACAAAAAGAGGCACGUGGAUGACCCAAGGGACGAAAAGCACCGCGAGGACCUGCAAAAUGAGAAGCAUCUCCAAGAAAUCAGAAAAGAGAAACCUGCGGAAAGUCCCAAACCGGAGACGGAUAACAAGAAACAGAAGCACACGCAGGACCAGCAAGGCGAAAAACACAAGUCCGAACAGAGGAAAGAAAGACCGUUCGAGGAGCCGAAAAAGAUGAAACAUGUGGAAGAGCUCAAGAAAGAGAAACACCCCGAGGAGCUGAAGAAGCACAACGGUUCAGGUGACAUGAAGAAGGACAAAUGCAGGGAAGAGAGUCGACACGAGAGGCCGAUUAACACGAUGCAGCGAGACAGUGAGAAGCAUACUGACGCUCACAGACCGAUAUUUGAAAGGAGAGGAGUGUUGGACAGCAGUAUUCUGUAUCCCACCCGCUUCCCGUCUCCUCCUCGACACGCUCGGCCUCCUCUUCCCAUCAAACGUCCGUCUUUGGACGUGAAAAAGGAAAGGAAGGACGGGAAAGACUCUUCCUCCCGACAUCCUCGUCCUCCUCGACCCAGCUCCCCGCAAACCAAACGGCCUUCGGUGGAAGUAAAGAAAGAGAGGAAAGCUCCGCCGGACCCAAACGCUCCGAUCACUCCUCUUCCUCUUCACCUUCAUCCUCCUCCUCCAAGAAAGGAGCCUCCUGACCCCAACGCUCCUCUUCCUCCACUGCCUCUUCACCUUCACCCUCCUCCUCCUCCGACAAAGCGUCCCUCACUGGAUGGGAAAAAGGAAAAAGACAGCAGGAAGGCGUCUACAGACUCCAAGCCUCCCCCGCAGAAAAAGACGUCAGACCACAUAAAGAAAGACAGGAAAGACUCAGUGGAUAGCAAAGUGUCUAAAAAGCACUCAGAUGAAGCCAAGAGAGAAAGGAAAGAUUCGUCUGACUCUAAACCGCCUCCUCCCAAAAAGCCCAGUUUGGAGGUGAAAAAAGAAAAGCACAGGAAGGAUUCCAGUGACUCAAAGUCCAGCCAACCUGUGAAACGUCAUUCAACGGAGUCCAAACCUGACAGACGGGAAUCGACUGAUUCAAAGAAAAGCAGCUCACCACCAGCAAAGAAGCUCACAGCUGAAAGGAGAGAGUCUCACAGCUCCAAACCUCCUCAGCCCAGACCUCCACAGAGGAAGCCCUCUACUGACAGCAUCGACAGGAAAGGCAAAAUUGAAGCCCCUAAGACCCCCACCACCCCGACCAGCCCGAUGUCGCCCAGCUUCAGCUCUUCUGGGGGUCCGCUGUCCCCUCACCUUUCCACCGGAGACUCCGUCAGAGACAAGUGCAUUGAGAUGAUUUCAGCUGCUCUGCGCACCGACAAUGACUACAAAGACUUUGGAGCUAACUGUGAUGGGAUGGCAGUGGAGAUUGAACAUCAUAUCUACCAGGAGACAAAGGCCACUGAUAUGAAAUAUAAGAACAGGGUGCGGAGCCGCAUCAGCAACCUGAAGGACCCCAAGAACCCCGGACUUCGCAGAAACGUCCUCGCAGGAAGCAUCGACUUACAUCGCAUCGCCACCAUGUCUGCUGAGGAAAUGGCCAGCGACGAGCUGAAACAGCUGAGGAACGUUCUCACCCAGGAGGCCAUCAGGGAGCACCAGAUGGCCAAAACUGGAGGCACCACCACCGACCUGCUGCAGUGCAGCAAGUGCAAGAAGAAGAACUGCACCUACAACCAGGUGCAGACACGCAGCGCUGACGAGCCAAUGACCACAUUUGUUCUGUGCAACGAGUGUGGCAACCGCUGGAAGUUCUGCUGAUGCCUUCGAGGUGAAACCAAGUAUUUUUUCUGAGCAUAUUGACCUGCUAAUUUUCUAUAAUGGGAGGGAAGGGACGUUUUUAAAUAAUUGCAGCUAGCGAUUUCAACAGAUUGAUGGUGUUGUUACAAUUUUUACUUGAAAUUUUGAGAUUUCUAAGCAUGUGCCAAUAAUCAGUUUGCUUUAUGUGGAUUUGAAGACUGAGCAUGAAUGUCAGUUUGAUGACUGACACAUUAAAUCAACCCGGUUGUAACUCAUCAAUAAUAACGAUGGUGCUGUCACAAUAGAGACACUCAUGACCCGUUUAAUACGCUGUCAUAUUACAGCUGUUCACCUUGUACAUAUCCAAUUCCAAUAAAACUGCAGAAAUCAUCAAAGUGGUUGCUUUUUAAAAGGGUAGUUUGAUCAAAAUGUUGGACACUUAUGAUAUCACGGUGCCUUCAUGGUGAUAAGGAUGGUGUCAUUAUACAGUAGUUCUACGAUUCUCCAUAUACAUCUCAAAACAGUCAUCUACAAUAAUCUAAUAUAUGGACCAGAAACAGAAAAUUGGCUGUUAAGUUGGCAACGCUCACAUAGCAAUAUACAGAUCAUUGUUAAGCUUUAUUUAAAUAUGUAUUUUGAAAGUACGGCCUUACUAAUAAUCCCAUUUUUUUUAUUCUGACUGCAGUUACAGUUUCUGUGCUUUUUUUGUUUGAUUGAUUUUUUGCUCUUUCAUGUGUUCUGUUAAUCCUAAAUCCACAGUCACACACAUUGACAGCACAAUGCAGUGAAUAAAUACAUAAUUCUUG